UGACUUGAGGGGGAUCACUGUGUUUAUCCCUUUUUAAAUGUGUACUUAAAUCCUUUUGCGAAGAAAAAAUAAAACAGGUACAGGUACAUUUCUAACAAAGUGUAAGCCUAUUCACUUUUUUAUAGUGUUUAGUCAGCUCUAACGUAUGUUAGUGCCCUAGGUAAAACCCUUUAACUGUCUAUGGGUAAAGCGUUAUGGACUAGCCCAUUAUGCCCUCAAUAGCCGGUGUUCCGUGACUCGCAUAUGAUGUGACGUUUGCCGGCUUCUGUUACAUUAAAGCCACAAGGCAAAAGGAAGUUUAUGCUGUGAUACCGCAGGUAGGGGGAACAUUCUCACGCUGUUUGAGUAACAAAUGGCUCGGUUUCUUCAGGUAAAAAGACAGCGACACACUCCCGGUAACUUGCAGUUCUUUCUCCGUUAGACUCAGAAACGUUACAGUAAAAAAUGAACCCAGCUCGUCGUUGUUCGGCUUUAUUGAGCCAGCUGUGUGUAACCUCGCGGGGUGGGUCGACAGCCAGGAGACCGCUGUCCCCGGGAGCAGCCUCAGCCCCGGGGGAAACACGGUGCUGUCUUUCCGGUGUCGGAGGAGGAGGAAGAGCGGGAGUCAAAGAGGCCUGUCCCCAGCUGAGGCCGAGCGGAGCACGCACAACCGGGACAGCACAAGUUUGUCCAAUGGGAGGCAGCAGCAGCAGGUUGUUUGGGACGUUGGCCCAGUCACUGACCCAACCAGACCCGUACCCAGAGGAGAACCCAGACCAGGACCUGGCCCAGGCCGACCCGGACCAGCUGCUCAGAGAGUGUGAGGCGGCCCUGCAGAGGCGUCCGGCCCGGCCACAUCGCCAUCUGGUCUAUCCCAGCGGCACGGGGUCCCGCCGCCACAAGCUCAGCCCGGCCAUACGGAUCAUGCAGUGGAACAUACUCGCACAAGCUCUGGGCGAGGGGAAGGACGGGUUUGUCCGCUGUCCAAUGGACGCUCUCAACUGGCAGGAGCGGAAGUACCUGAUCAUGGAGGAGAUCCUCACCUACCGCCCCGACGUCCUGUGCCUACAGGAAGUGGACCACUACUACGACACGUUCCAGCCCAUCCUGGCCAGCCUCGGUUACCAAGGCAGCUUCCUGGCCAAGCCCUGGUCUCCCUGUCUGGACGUGGAGCAGAACAAUGGGCCCGACGGCUGCGCUCUGUUUUACCGCCGCUCGCGCUUCUCUCUCCAGGCCACCGCUCACCUGCGGCUCUCGGCCAUGAUGCUGCCCACCAACCAGGUCGCCAUCGUCCAGACGCUGAUCUGCCAGGUGACGGGCCAGCGGCUGUGCGUGGCCGUCACCCAUCUGAAGGCUCGCAGCGGAUGGGAGCGGCUGCGCAGUGCGCAGGGUGCCGACUUGCUGCAGAGUUUACGCAACAUAACGUCCCAGAGCGGCAGCAGCGGCCAGACGGAGGCGGCGCCAGGCACCGUCCCUCUGGUGGUGUGCGGGGACUUUAACGCCGAGCCAUCCGAGGACGUUUACCGGCGCUUCAGCUCCUCCGCCCUCGGCCUGAACUCUGCGUACAAGCUGUUGAGCUCUGACGGCCAGACGGAGCCGGCCUAUACCACGUGGAAGAUCCGUCCGUCUGGAGAGAGCUGCAGCACUCUGGACUACAUCUGGUACAGCCACGGGGCUCUGAGCGUGGACUGCCUCUUGGACAUUCCCACGGAGGAGCAGAUCGGCCCCGACCGCCUGCCCUCCUACCACUACCCCUCUGACCAUGUAUCACUGCUCUGUGACAUCAGCUUCAGGGAGGAGCCCCAUAGGUUGAUGUAGGCUGCCAAUCACAGCAGCCCGGGACCAAUAGGAUGACUGAGAGUGGACUGCUGGAAACAUUCCUCAACCUUCUACUGCAAAUCGGGACUGAGGAACGUGAUGUCAUCUGCCAGAUCGAGUCAUGGAAGUGGAGUCUGAUUGGAGUGUGAAGAAUUUGCUUUGAGACACAAACCACUUUCUGUAAUGUUGCUAUUAUUUAAA